AUGUUGUGGAUUGUUACUGCUGUGGCUUUCAUUUCUCUCGUGACUUCUGCUGCAACUCUCAUCUUAGCUUUGAGAGUGAAAAAUUCUCAGAAUGUUUCGACUUCCCCUACGAUUGUAAAGCACGAGGUAAGAGAAUCGGCACUAUUUUUAGAUUCGUGAAUUCCUAGUCUUCCUCCGGUGAUGUAUACUAUUACGCUGGGACAAAGUCAAGGGAAACACAAGGACUCGGGGAAAACAAAACUAACUGGUUUCGCGAAGGGCCUGACAUUAAGUGUUUUGUUAUACCUCUAGACUUUCACUUCAACAGCAACAAAAGAAUAACCGGGGCGAAUCAAAACAGUCGACUCGGUAAUUACAGCAACACAAAGUUAAUUCUUAAAACCCGGCUGAAUAUGAUUUACAAAGUACUUUCCUUAUAUUAUCUGCAUCUUUAUCGUCCACAAGCGGCUCUUUCUCUUCUGGGAUAACUUUGAAACUCGUUGUUUCUUAGCUUGAGGCUUACGCCACUUAGCAUCAUGCUUUGAUCACGUGCUGUAAUGUAUCCUGUGCGGGGUACAAAUGUAUCACGAUCGGACGAUCGGGAUACACAAAAAUCAACCACUGGUAGUCCCUGUUUAGUCGAGAGAAAGUCUAGGAAUAUAACAAAAUUAAAGCAUAUGUUAUCUUGGUAAAUUACUUUGCUCAUUUCAGUAUUACGAGAAUUUUCUUAUGCUACUACGGCUAAAUUUAGGAAAGAUGCAACCGCUUUGGUACACAAAGAUAUUUCAGUAAUGGUGUGAGCAAAAGGAAUUUUGACAUUUUGAAAUUUUCCAAACAUGAAAACAAAACUUGAUCGUCUGCCCCAUUUUCUGCCCCAGUUUCAAUCUAGUUCCUUUCUGCCCGUCCUUUAUCAAACUGAGACUAUUUCUAAGGCCUGGAAUAAACACCACAAGAUUUCACGGGCUGCAGCAAAACAAUCCUACACAAGUUUUUUCCUAGUCAGUCCCCGGCCCCGGGGCUGGUGUAUUCGUCGUCAGGUAUAUCAUGUACUGCCCACCCCUUUUACCUGAGGACUUUCACAAUGAGAAAACUAUCAGAAUUCAAAGAAACAGUGCUCUUGAUUCCUUUUCAAUUUCCCGUGAAUUUACAGCUAAAACGUUUCUGUCUGUGCGACAAGAACCAGUCAAGUACGAAUUUGAAGUGAUUGUCAGAAUGCCUUGUUGGCCACGAACUAGCACAGAAUUUAAAUUUGGUCUCACUGUACUUCCGAGAAAACAGUGUAGAAAUAGAUGUGGACAUAGUAAAAAAUAUAUAUAUAAUGGUAAACUUUCUCUGUUUAAAAUCUACUAAUUAAUGAAGGAUCUCAGUCUCCGAAAAUCUAAUGGCCCAUUUUUUUUUAUAAUCUAAAAACUUUCAAUUUUAAGGCCUUUUUUCACAUGCAAAUGAGGCAUACCUCAUCCAAAAUGCCAAAAGUAAAAAUCAUGUCCUGUUUUGCCACACUUGGUCCUAGCCAGUUUCAGUUGCUCAUAUUUACCGGUAGAACUCUUAUCAUGGCGGUCUUGUAACCUGCCACUUUUAGUAUCCUCUGAGAUCAGUAAGAUUGUACGUAUCGUAAACAACAUCAUUUGUCCAUCCCUUUUAGGGACGAAAAAACUGGCAAAUCAACUCGAGGAGAUUAACAUCCAAAACACGUGAGGAUUGUUUCAAUAAGCUAAGAUACUGGGGCACCCAAUGGAUCUGUUCCUCAAAAUAUCUGUUCUUCAGGCAAUUUUUCGCUGGCUGGGAGAUUUGGAAAAAAUAAUAUGUCCUUGAAAGGUGAAAUUGUUGCUGGGAAAUAGACAGUUCAGGAUGUCUGAGGGGAUUUGGUUCUUUGGUGUCUCGAAUAGCUGGUAUGUGCUAUUUCUGAGACCCACCCGCCAACCACCCCUCCCCCCCCCCAACUACCCCCCACUGAAGGGCUGAAAUUUCCCUAUGUCCACAAACAAACUGGCCAGUAAUGUCUGGACUUUCGUUUGCUGGGAAACUUCCCAGUAAGUGAGGUUGGAGGUUGUAGGUGCACUUUGCUGGCUGGGAACUCUUCCAUCAGUCUUGCUGGGAGUGAGGAACAGAUAAAUUUUUCCCAGCAAUCUCCUAAAAUGCUUAAAAUGGUUUCAGAAAGCUUGUUCAUGCUUUGUUGCUGUUUUUACGUCUUUUUCUGAAAAUUUCCCGUUGGGUGCUCCUGUGUAUUGAUGUCAGUUAAGAAUUUAACUGGAAGAAAUUUGUGCUCGCUCUUGCUGUUGAAACAGCGCUAACAUCAAAUCCAGAUUUGUUUUUGUCAAAGUUGUCACAACGCCUUUUGAUAGCUGUUAAAACGCUGACUUUUUUCAACAGCUACAAAACGCAACCGUUAGACUUGAUCAACAAGACGUCAACUUGAAGUUGCUCUUGAGUGAAAUUAACAGCACCCUCUCCUUAAAAGUAAAGCUGAUAUUGCCUUACAAAUAUAUGGCUUUCCCCGUAGACCUGCUCUCAUUUUGUUCAAUUUUACAGCUAUAAGUAUAGUUUUCCGAGGGGGAUGACGAGUGGACCAAAAAAAAGCUGGGCUUUUUUGUUAAUCAAGGCACUAUCACUGUGUCGUAAUGUAGAAUCAAAUUUUUUACACACUCUGUUAGCGAGGCUUUAAAAAUGGAGGCCCCAAUUUUCAUAGCAAAACAACAUAAUCGGCAUAUCUUUUACGCAACAAUGCAAGUGGCCUCGAGCCGGGUAACUUAAAUAUGUGGAUUUUUGUAGUUGUUGUUGUUUUUUUCCCUUAUUGGUUUUCAUCUUUCUAAUGACCUGUGCAAUGUAUGGAAACGAAGCACAUAAAGAAAAGAUAAAAAUUUACGCAUUUCUUUUCAGGUAGAGAAUGUCAGCAAACUACCGGGCCCAGUCGGCCCUCCUGGAGUAAACGGUUCCCGAGGCCCGAUGGGUCCAGAAGGACCCCAAGGAUUCAACGGAUCCCAGGGUGCAAUAGGUCCUCAGGGAUUUAACGGCUCCCAGGGGUUGAUUGGACCACAGGGUCCCCAGGGUGCUGGGGACUUCUCUUUGUGUAAAUACAUGACCGAGUCUUCAACGGGACGUCAGUCGCCAGUAAGAAGCCUUUCUCCUGGCGCUGGUAUUAAAGUAGUUCUCGGGGAACCAAAUGUAAGUUUAUGA